GUGAAUUUGUUUAUAUUUUGCAUCAAGAGGCUAACUGCAUUGUAUUCAGAAAGUGAAAACUCUGUUGGCAAUAAUGAUAAGCUUAUAGAUACUGGCUAUGGCAGAGGCGCGUCAAGCGGUUGCAGAAUUUAAUGUUUAUCAUUUGGAGGAGGGAAGGGAACCAACUCAAGACUUUAUUAGGGGAUUGCGGAAGAAUUGGGUCCGUCGAUUUUAUACAACGAGGAACCUACUCGCUAAUGGUCUAUGGCCAACCCAUAUUUAUAAUUUAGGAGUAACUACAGGUGCUUUUUCACUACUUCUUGCAAAAGAACCAAAAUUUGCAAAACCUCUGACUGAUGAAUUGCACAAAUUGGAAAAAUAUAUACCAGUAGAAAAUCCAAAGCCUUUAAAAAUUGUUACUGUAUCAUUUGCCGGAGGAGUGGUUUUCUUUAUCGGCUUAAUGUACAUUAGGAGAUGGACUUUACGCUUAUUAUUGCGUUACACAGGAUGGAUGGAUGAGAGACCUGGAAGAGGAAUUAGCUGGUCAACUGCAGUAUGGGCGUUUUUCGUAAAACUUAUAUCUGGUUAUCAUCCGUCUACGAAUUCUUAUCAAAGUUCAUUGCCAACUCUACCCGUUCCUAAUUUAGCAGAUACGAUCGAUAAAUGGCUGCUGUCUGUUGAACCUCUAACAACUGAAAAAGAAUUUGAUAAAUUGAAAAGCGAAGCAAAGGAAUUUGAAAGGGGCGUUGGUCUCAAACUGCAAAGAGUUCUUAUACUGAAAUCGUGGUGGAGUUUUAAUUACGUGUCUGACUGGUGGGAGAAAUAUGUGUACCUAAUGUCACGUGUUCCUCUAGCGAUAAAUUCUAAUUACUACUGUUUAGAUAAUGCUGAUUGGAGAGGAACAACCAUACAAGAAGCUAGAGCUGCCUUUCUUAUUCAUACAUAUUUAGAAUUUCGUCAUAAAUACAAGAGAGAGGAAGUUGAACCGCUGCUAAUUAGAGAUACGGUGCCGCUAUGCAUGUCGCAGUAUGAAAGAAUAUUUGGAACUACGAGAAUUCCUGGUGAAGAAUUGGACAAACUGGUGACAUCACCAUACUCAAAGCAUAUUAUUGUGAUGAGAAGGGGCUUAUUUUACAAGCUGAGUAUAAUCGAUAGCAAUUCAAAACCUCUAAAUCCUGUCAGCUUAGAAAAACAAUUGCAUUGGAUUAUCAGAGACGCAGAUUCGGCUUAUAAAGAUUACAAUAAAAAUAGUCGAUGCAUAAGCGUUUUAACAGCAAUUGAGAGAUCGGAUUGGGCAAGGAAUAGAAAUAGAUAUUUUUCAUCUGGCCUCAAUAGAGAGUCUCUAGACGCCAUUGAAACAGCUUUGUUUGUUGUUUGCUUAGAAACUCAAAAUAAAUCUUCUUGGUCAGAAAGAGGAAAGUACUUAUUGCACGGAGACGGAGAAACUAGUCAUUGGUUCGAUAAAUCAUUUCAAGUAAUCGUUUUUGCUGACGCACAUUUUGGAACAAAUUGCGAACACGCUUGGGGUGAUGCACCGGUUAUGGGACAUGCAAGUGAAUAUGUAAUGACAUACGAAAUAUUAAAAAAGGUUUACGAUGAUGAUGGACAUACUUUAGAUAUAGGCUAUAAACAGGCAAAGUUGUAUAAGCCUCAAAUGCUGCAAUGGGAUCUAUCAAAUCCCGAUCUAAAUGUUCAAAUAGAAUAUUCUAGAAAUUUUGCUAAGCAAAACAAUGAAGAUCUUGAUUUGCAAGUUGUUGAACACACUAAAUUUGGAAAAGAUGUUAUGAAAAUGUGUAAGGUUAGCCCGGAUGGUUUUGUUCAAUGUGCUUUCCAAUACACUUACUUUAAGGAUUCUGGGGGAAAACUGGCAUUGACCUACGAGGCAUCCAUGACUAGAUUGUUUCUGUACGGCAGAACCGAAACGGUUCGUCCAUUAACUUCAGUAAUGGCAGAAUGGAUAAGAGAAAUGGUGAAAACCCCAAGAGAUACCGAAAAAUGUCGACAACUCAUGAGGGAAACGUGCCGAAAUCAUCAAAAAGCUUGCAGAGAUGCUAUGAAAGGAAAAGGUUUCGAUAGACAUCUCUUCGCGCUACUGGUUGUUGGUAAGGGAUUCAAUGAAGACUGCGACUUUCUUCGGAAAGCUUUGCUCAUGCCUUGGACCUUGAGCACUUCACAACAACCCCAGCAACAAAUUAGAAAUUCUCCCCCUUGCGAUUUAAAAGCAUAUCGUAAUAAGCUUUGUCCUGGAGGAGGUUUCGGACCGGUUGCUGAUGAUGGUUAUGGGGUUUCUUACAUGUUUGCUGGUGAACAUCGCCUCUUUUUUCAUAUAUCUAGUAAGAAGAGCGCUGGAAACACUGACUCAGCGAGAUUCUCAAAGACACUAUUUGCAACGCUUCAGGAAAUGAGAGAAUUGUUCGAAGUUUAA